AUGGUGUGGGCUGAACUCAUGGAAACGAAUUCGGGACCUCGUCAACGGGCCUUUGAUGCAGAACCCAAGGUGUGCGAAGAAAUUGAAGCAAGAAUCCAACAACUUCAGCUGUCAAGACGUGCAGGAACGCCAAGGUUGCAAAACGCUAUGGAAGGAUUUCGUCAGGCUCAAAUUUUAACGCAGCAAGCUGACGACAUCUGCGCUCAAGCUUAUCGUGAGUUCUUAGCCGAGCAGCGGUUCCAACGGCAUCACGAACAGAAUGAUCGUACCAACGCGUUGUGGCAGCAACUACAGGAUCAAGUCCAAAGUACACCUGCGCCAUCCAACACAACCUCGACAUCGAAUCGACCAAGUACACCUGAAGGUGUUGAAGUUAUCACAAUUGACAGUUCGGGAGACGAGAGAUCGUGCGAUGAAGGAGCAAAAGCGUAA